UACCGGCCGGUUCAACCGGUUCAACCGGAAAUUGGACCAAAAGCGGUACGGUAGGCUGAUUGUGCUGAUUUUACCGUGCCGGCCGGUUUUUUCGGUUUGACCGGUUGAACCGGUCGGUACGAUCCGGUUUCCUGGUCUAUGAUUCAGCUUCAUUUCUACGUAUUCUCGUCCAAUAUGUGGAAAAUAAUUAAAAAAGAAUAUUAUUUUGCUAUUUUUCUAUGUUGAAAAUGGGCCACCGUGGUUGUAUAAUGCUCUAUUUGGUUCUUUUUUUGAUGGAUUAUAUUUUUUAUACUAUCGCAUUUCAUUUCUCUAUCAAUAGUGAAAAACGGUAUUUACCGGUACAAAACGGUUGAACCACGAUCGUACCACAAAAUACCAUACCAGAAAGGAAUUUGGUAUGAUGUCCGGUACGAUUUCCUUUACCAUGAAUCAAACACACCGCUUUGUUUAGUAAAACGGUUGGACAUAUAGAUCGACCAAGAGGUGGGGAGGAAAAGUAAAGAAAACAGAUGGAGGCAAGUGACAUUGAAAGCUCGUACACUGUGGUGGUGAAGGAGGGAAAGAGAGGUGAGCUGGAUUGCAGGUUGUCUAUAGCUAAGUAGCUUAGGUGGCCUCUGCUUUGCGGUGAGCAAACCAAUUGGACGGCCAAGAUUAAAUCCAAAUGAUCGCCUUUAACGACUCCUGUGUUACAAUUCUCCUCCUCUUCCUCCUCCUCCUCCUACUAACACAAUUGGCAUUCAAUUCUCAUCAUUAAAUGAAUCACUCCUCCCCACCACCCUUUAUUUCAAGUAGUUGUUUCAGGCAGCUUUCAAUACUCACAACAACAACAAAAGAAAGAGAUGAGAAACAGACUGCCUGGCCUGGCCACACCCAUCUCUCCUUGUGAUUGUUCAUUAGCUCAUUGCCAUUGUCUUAAUAAUGCCCUAAUGUUGCUUUCCCCUCCUAUCUAAAUUACAACACAAUAAUAUGUUCUUUACUCUUAUAGAAUCAUGAUUUCCUCAUACGUGUGUGUAUAUAUAUGAAGGUGGUGGUAGCUAGUAGAAGAACACACAAACCGAGGGCCAACCAGCCACAGCCACAUAGAGAGAGAGAGAGAGAGAGAGAGAGAGAGAGACAUAGAUGAAGAAGGCAACUGUCAAGCUGGUGUGAUCAAAAUAGUGUCUUUCUUUCUUUCUUUCUUUCUUUCUUGCUACCUUUUGGAUUCCACUCUCUCUCACAAGUCACAACUCAUUCCUUUCUCCCUUCCCUCUUUUUUAAAAAAUUUCUUCCAUCCAAUGGCCUUUGCUGGGACAACAACAGCAGCAGCAGCAGCAGGAAGAGAAGUGGUGAUGAAUAUCAACUCCAAGCUUUUCCUUCUCUCUUCCUUCCUACUUCUGCUCCUCCUUCUCUCUUCUUCUCAAGCUAAGGAGGAGGAAUUCCAUGAGUACUACAAGUACCCAUUCAUAAGGAAAGCAAGCACAUUCACAUCUUCAUCUUCAUUCUCAUCAAGUGGGACAUCAGACAGUUCAUAUGACUACAUAAUUGUGGGAGGUGGAACAGCUGGCUGCCCUUUAGCAGCAACACUUUCCAGGAACUUCAGUGUUCUUCUGCUUGAGAGAGGGGGUGUUCCAUUUUCCAACGCCAAUGUCUCGUUCCUCAGGAACUUCCACAUAGCACUGGCUGAUACUUCACCCUACUCUGCGUCUCAGUACUUCGUCUCCACUGAUGGUGUUUUGAAUGCUAGAGCUAGAGUUCUGGGUGGUGGGACUUGCAUCAAUGCUGGGUUCUACACUAGAGCUAGCCAAAGGUUCAUAGAGAAGGUCGGCUGGGAGAAAAGGCUGGUCAACGAGUCAUACCCGUGGGUGGAGAACCAAAUCGUCCACCGGCCACGUGUCGCGCCGUGGCAGGUCGCCGUCCGCGACAGCCUCCUGGAGCUGGGCGUCUCCCCUUUCAACGGCUUCACCUACGACCACAUCAACGGCACAAAAUUCGGCGGCACCAUCUUCGACCGCUUCGGCCGCCGCCACACCGCCGCCGACCUCCUCGCCACCGCCAACCCCAGCCGCCUCACCGUCCUCGUCCACGCCUCCGUCCAGCGCGUCCUCUUCGACGCGCCAUCUUCCCCAAAAACCCAACACCCCAAGGCCGUCGGCGUGCUGUUCAAGGAUGAGAACGGCAACCUCCACCAGGCGUUUCUCAACAAUGAUGUCAGGAGCGAGGUCGUGCUCUCCUGCGGCGCGAUCGGGACGCCGCAGAUGAUGCUGCUGAGCGGGAUCGGGCCGAAACCGGAGCUCGACAGGCUCAACAUCCCUGUCGUGUUGGACAAUGUGAAUGUCGGGAAAGGAAUGGCGGACAAUCCGAUGAAUUCGAUUUUCGUGCCGACCAAGGAACCGGUGAGCCAGUCUUUGAUACAGACCGUUGGGAUCACGAAGCUGGGGGUUUACAUUGAGGCAAGCAGCGGGUUCGGUCAGUCCAAUGACAGCAUUGAGUGUCACCAUGGGAUCAUGUCUGCCGAGAUAGGGCAGCUAUCCACCAUUCCUCCGAAGCAGAGGACGCCAGAGGCGGUUGCUGCGUUCAUCAGGAGGAAGAAGGAGUUGCCACACGAGGCGUUCAAAGGAGGGUUCAUACUCGAAAAAAUUGCGAAUCCAAUCUCGUCGGGGGACCUGAAGUUGAUCAGCACAAAUGUGGAAGAGAAUCCGUCGGUCACGUUCAACUACUUCAGUCAUCCGAGGGACCUCCAGCGAUGUGUCGAUGGGAUACGAUUGGCUACGAGGAUCGUGCAGUCGAAGAAGUUUACGGAGAUCUUGAAGUGUGAUUGGGAGACCAGGGAGAGGAUUCUGAAUGCUAGUGUUCAUGCCAAUGUUAACUUGAUUCCCAAGCAUCCCAACGACACCAAGUCGAUCGAGCAGUUCUGUAGGGAUACGGUGAUCACGAUCUGGCAUUACCACGGUGGGUGUCAUGUGGGGAAGGUUGUGAACUCGGAGUACAAGGUUCUCGGGGUGCGUAGGAUGAGGAUCGUAGAUGGGUCGGUUUUCGAUGAGUCGCCUGGGACUAAUCCCCAAGCUACUGUCAUGAUGAUGGGAAGGUACAUGGGGCUGAAGAUUUUGGAGGACAGAUUAGGAAAAGGAGUUGCAGGUGUGUGAAGAUCAAAGGAUCUCUUCUAUGGCACUAUGAGGACUAGGGUUCAUUAAUGAGAAUUGUAGCUGAAUAGAAGGUUUAAUUGUGAUGUAGGUUAUUAUUAAUGUGUGUUGUGUGUCAUAGGUAUUUGUAAGGUGUAGAAAAGUGGGAAGUCCGGAGAAUGUUUUGUAUCCUUAAUUUCAUAAUUUGAGUAACUGGUAUUGUUGUCUACUGCAGUAAGAACUGUGAAAUUAGUUAAAGGAAAGUGAAGCAUUAUGAAUGUAAUGUCCUGUCCUUUUUGCCUUUGAACACAAAAAAGAAAGAAAUAAUCUUUCC